ACCGUCCUCGCGUGAGCACCUUCCCAAGUGGUCGAAUGCAAUGAGUUCGGUUAAAGUUUAUUUCGUCUGUAAAAUAUAACAGUGCGAAAUGUAUGCUGAGUUUUCACGGAAAAGAUUCACCAAGAUAAUACUCAUAAUAUGGGGUAUUUCGUUGACCUGCGUUGGAGCGGCCACCAUGUGCCCAAGCGAAUGCAUCUGCCGCACCACUUUCAACCCAGAGGUCGGGAGCGGGCACUGUGUCGAAUGUACGCGGGGUGACAUGCGGUCGAUUCCCGUCGAGUUUAUCGACCAUAAAGCAGACAAAGUCAUUAUAUCUGCACCGACAAAUCGGCCUAACUAUCUCACGAUCGGGCCUAUAUUCACUCAACCGACGCCAUUCGUCAAUCUACGGGAACUCCACAUCGUCAACUCUAAUGUCCCCUCAAUAGGCCAGUAUUCGUUUUGGGGACUGCAAAACCUGAGGCUCAUCAAUCUCACGCAUAACAACCUCACCAGUAUCGGAGCAGACAACUUUCGUGGUCUCAUAAACCUCACGGAACUACAUCUCGAUUACAACAAUAUUGAACAAAUGCCAAGUGAGACAUUCCGGCACCUGACUGCUUUGAAGACCCUAAACCUGGCGCAUAAUCAAAUUUCGACCCUCGUACCGCGGCUGUUCCGGAUGUUAGCAAAGUUGUGGUAUCUCGAUUUGAGUGACAACCCAUUAGCGGACCUUAAUCCAGAAGUUUUCAAAGACAUUCAACACUUGCGAAUAUUUAAAUGUCGGCGAUGUCUCUUGCGAAGGAUCAAUACUCAAAUCUACCAUUUAGUUCCGCAUUUGGAUGAGUUAGACCUGGGGGAAAAUCUGUUUAAGUACUUGACGUCGGACGAGUUUAUCAGUUUAAAAAAACUUAAGAAGCUUAAAUUGGAUGGCAAUCAACUAUCAGUAAUUGUGGAUAAUAUGUUUGGAAAGAAUCGGGAAUUACGAACGCUUUCAUUGGCACGCAACCGUCUCGCCCUGCUGGCGCCCGCUGCUCUCACUAAUUUAAGCGCACUUGUCCAUCUGGAUAUAAGUCACAACAAAAUUGAUAGGUUUCACUUGCAAACGUUUGCCCCCGUGGUGGAUUCCUUAAAAACUAUCAACUUUAGUGGUAAUAAUUUACCGCUUAACGAAAUUGCAAUUGUUCUCCAAAUAUUACCAGAAAUUCACGGCGUCGGUUUAGCCAAUCUGUCACUAAAAGAAAUACCUCCAAAUUUCUUUACGUACAACGAGCAUUUGAUUGCUUUAGAUAUUUCUUGGAACAAGAUAACUACCUUUCCAUAUAAACUUCUUACUAAGACAAAAUUUCUGCAAAGGCUCGACAUAUCACGAAACAGACUUCAAACUCUAGGAGAAGAUGAUCUACAACGGCUAGAAGCUAUAGCGCAAAUCGAUUUAUCGAAGAAUCACUGGAGAUGCGAUCAAUGCUCAGCGGGUACUAUGUUAGUUUUCAUGGCGACCACUGUGUUAAAUGCAACCAUACGGCGACUGAAAUGUCAUUCACCUCUAAGACUUCACGGUGUUUCUUUUGGGGAGCUUACUUUCGAUGGUCUGGAACAAUGUGGUACUACGCAUGAAGCGCAAAUGAGUGUAAUAGCGGGGUUGAUGCUUUUGUGCGUAGCUAUUCUGGCCGCUGUUACCACUGCAUUGUGCUGUUCGAGACGUCGUGCGGCGCAUUACUACACAAACGAGGAGAAGCGGAGAGAACAUGAGCAUGAUCAUCCCGAGGAGCUGCUCGGGCGAACGGAUUUAGGAAGCGUUGCGACUAUUCACGCACCCUACCACUUGGUGACGAAGGGCAGCUAACAUCGUGCUCCCACUCCGCAGGCUCUGAGGCGCGUGCGUCGCGAACCUUUCCGGGCCCCCGCUCCUUCCGGCUCAGCUGCUUACGAUUCCGCCCCGCUUCACUACCUUCCUACGAACUUGCUGCAAGUGUCGACAAAAGACAUCAUGUGAUACGAUGACGAUUAUGUAUAAGAUAAAGGACAAUUUAAUACUGAAUAUUCUAAUUAAUUGUAAGUUUCAAAUUAAAUAAGAUAUAGGCAUAUGUUUUAGACUUACGAAGAUAUAUUUUUCUACACGUACAAUUUUACAUAAAUACUUCUAAAAUGUAUAUAAAAUUAUAAAAAAUACC